CCUCGAUCCCGCCCCAACUCCGCCCCCAGCCCACCGACCGACCGACCGUCCAAACAGUCGCCGCCCCGACACGACGACAAAUCACACGCCGCCCCCCGCAAAACCCCGACGCAGCAUCGCGACGGCUCCUGCGAACGAGCGACGUAUCCCCUUCAUCCAACAGAAAAAGGCCGCCCCUGACGCCUUGCCCUUCGAGAAAACUAGGCUGCCGCGGGCACCGUGUUCGUUCUUGACACGUUGUUGCCAGGGCUUGGGCUUCCGGCCCUUCUUCAUACUACAUACCCGUUGCCGCCGGUGUCACCCUUCUUCUCCUUGCCCCUCGUCUACGCCACCUUCUGUCAAGGACGGUAUCUCUCUCACAGCCCCCCCCCCACCGGUCAAGAUGAUUCGGUCGACGCAAAUAUCCCGGCUGGAUGGGCUCAUGCUCUGCGCCUCGGUCGACGACGAGCAGUCCGACGGCGCCGCCCUCAAGGAGGUCAAGCAGCAGACCAAGCAAGUCCUGCGCAAGCUCACGCGCAACUCGGAGCCCCAGGCCUCCAUCGAGACGGGCAGCCACGCGAUCCACUACCUCGUCGACACCGACGUCGUCUUCCUCGCCAUCUGCGAGCGCUCGUACCCGCGCAAGCUCGCCUUCACCUACCUCGCCGACCUCGCGCGCGAGUUCCUCACCACCCACCCCGCGCAGCAGGUGCACAGCCCCCAGCUCCGGCCCUACGCCUUCAUGGAGUUCGACGGCUUCAUCGCCAAGACGCGCACCACGUACGCCGACGCCCGCGCCGCUCAGAACCUCGACAAGCUCAACGACGAGCUCCGCGACGUCACAAAGGUCAUGACCAAGAACAUCGAGGACCUGCUCUACCGCGGCGACUCCCUCGAGAAGAUGGGCGAGAUGAGCAGCCGCCUCCGCGACGACAGCAAAAAGUACCGCAGGGCCGCCGUGCGCAUCAACUGGGAGCUGCUGCUCAAGCAGUACGGGCCCUUUGCCGGCCUCGGCCUCUUCGUCCUGCUCUUCAUCUACAUGCGCUUCUUUUAGGCUGGAGGCCAGCCCCAAGGGCUUGGACGGGGUGGACAAAAGGAUAAAG